ACCGUCGGACAGUAACAUGGCGACAUGAUGUUCCUCGCUAUGUGCUGGGAAAUAGUCGCGAUUUCACCAGAAAAUGACAACAGAUUCGUCUACAACACCACCACAGGCCAAGAAAAAUGAUGCGGAUAAGGAGAAAAAGCUGACCCCAUACGAGAAAGUCUGCAACGAUGUGAACAACGAUGAACGAUAUCUAAAGGAAAUAGCUCUGGGGAAACGGAUAGGGUUGUAUCGGUUACGCGGGGAUUUGGGAAGCGGGAAUUUUUCCCGCGUAAAAAUGGGACUUCACUGUCUCACCAGAGAUAAAGUGGCAAUUAAAAUUUACGACAAAACUAAACUGGAUGGCAAAACACAACGGCUUCUUUCUAGGGAGAUAUCUUCGAUGGAACAUCUACACCAUCCAAAUAUAGUAAGAUUGUACGAGGUUAUAGAGACUCUUACGAAACUACAUCUUGUUAUGGAGUUUGCCAACGGCGGAGAAUUGUUUACAAAAAUAUCUACCGAAGGCAAACUUGCAGAGAAAACAACUAAACGAAUUUUUUCUCAGAUAGUUGCCGCAUUAGAUCAUAUGCACAGAAAAAAUAUCAUUCAUCGUGAUUUGAAGGCCGAGAAUGUGUUUAUAUCAGGUACUUGUGUGGUUAAAGUUGGUGACUUUGGUUUCAGUACAUCUGCCUCCGCAGAGGCAGCCUUAAACACGUUCUGUGGUUCACCACCUUAUGCCGCACCAGAACUGUUUAAAGAUGAGUUUUAUUUUGGACCGUGUGUUGACAUAUGGGCGUUGGGAAUUCUACUGUAUUUCAUGGUCACUGGAGUCAUGCCAUUCCGUGCUGAAACAGUUGGCAAACUGAAAAAAUCCAUUUUAGAUGGCAUGUACUUCAUGCCAGACUUUUUAACAGACAGUUGCAAAUAUUUAAUAAGGAAAAUCUUACAAUUGAUUCCUAAGGAUAGACUGACAAUUCAACAGAUUAAGAAUUCGAGAUGGCUGCAAGGUGAAACGUUUCCGUUAGAAGAUGAGAAAUACAAUAAACAUGCUCCUGCACUUGACACGUGCAAUGAAGAAGAACGAGAGGCAAGAUGCUCUUUAGAGGAACUAGGGAUGGCUUUUGAGGAUAGUUCUGAUACUAAUAUGGAUGUCAGAAGCAACGUGACUGGAACCUAUCGGGUAGUUCUGCACAGAAUUCAGAAACGGAAAUCAGAGCUCGAAAAUCCGUUAAACCAGAACGCUUUGACGAAAAUUGACGAUGACGAGUGUAUCACACCAAAACAGCGAAAGUCAAAAGUUUGUGUAAUUCUGUAGGUAGACAUAAACUGAAGUUUUCAAAACCCAGGCACGAUGCAACAAACAGAAAAUAUUACUUGUUUAGAAUAAGGCAAUUUUGUACAUGUAAUCAUGCAGUAAUAAGGUUGCGACUUGUUUUUGUGGAACAGAUGUGGAACAUGCCAUGAAUGUAAGAUAUACAGUGAAAAAACCUUUGGAAUCAAAGGGUGGAUGAGUACAUAUGGUUUGUUGGGUCUAGGACGCGACAAAUGAAAAAUUGAAAUGGGUUUAAAAAUCCCUAAAUAAUAACAAUGAGUCCAAGAUCAGCUGAUCAGGAGACGGACUGGUGCCUAAAUGCACAGAUAA